UGCCACAAGAACGGCAAGAAAGUUCUGCUAUCGCUCGGUGGUGGUUACCCUACAGACUACUACCUUGCAAGCGACGAUGCAGCGAAGUGGCUCGCAGAGGUCCUGGUCGGAGCGUUCGGUCCCCAGACAGGUGGCAACUGGCCCCGUCCCUUCGGUGCCUCCGCCGUUGACGGGUUUGACCUUGAUAUUGAGUCUGCGAGUGCUGUUGGCGCCCAAAAGUACCAGUACUACGCUGAGCUUGUCAACUACAUCAAGAAGCUCAGCCCAGGCAUGCUGAUCUCUGGUGCUCCUCAGUGCGUUGUUCCUGAUGCUCACCUUGACGACGCCAUCGCCCGGGCUCCUUUCGACUAUAUCUUCACGCAGUUCUACAACACCGACGAAUGCUCUGCCAAGCGAGGCUGGACUGAACGCAACCAGCAAACGACUGGUUUUACCUUCGACAAGUGGGCUGCGCGCCUACAGGAGAAGUCCUUCAACAAGGGCGUCAAGCUCUACCUGGGCCUGACUGCUGGCACUAACGGCGGAAACCCUGCCCAUUACCUCCUGCCUGAGCAAGCAAAUGACUUGGUCGUCAAGUACCAGAAGUCUCCUGUGUGGGGUGGUGUCAUGCUUUGGGAAGCCACCGUUUCCCAGAACAACACCGUU